CUUGCAUACUUCCAGUUUUGUUUUCUAUAUUAAGCUGGAGGCUAGAAAGUGGCGGCAACCUUCUUUUGUCGGGUGACUUGUAUACAGUAUCAGGCACUUGCAGAAUUCAUCUGAAGUUAGGAGGCAAUUUGCAAUGCUGUAGGUGUAGAGUUAUCAUUUGCGGCAGAGCUCCAGCCACGAGGUACCUUUUGAGGGUGUCACUCAAAAUCAAAUAGAAGAUAAUUUCAUUACAGUACCUGCAACACUUCAGAUGAUACCUGCUUCAGUCUGACUCAUCACCAUGCACAGCUUUGGUGCAUCCAGAUGGGAAACCACCCUCUCCCUUCAUGUAAAAUUCAUUUGAGAAAGGACAUGGAUAUGCAUUUGUUAUCUGUUUCUAUCAAAAUCCAAUGGAUGCCAUGGCCAAUAAAAAGACCAACUCAUAAAUAUGAUAAAAGUAACUAAAGAAGGCCCUAUACAUAAAUCUCUAAGAUUUGGAGAAACAAACCCAACAAGCCUCCAAAAGAAUCUUCGUAAGGUUUCUGGAAUGCAUUUUUUACAUUGGAGAGAAUGCUAAGAAAACAGACAAUUCAUGGAUUCCGCAUCUGCAGCUUCUCCAGUUGCCUUAUAUCCUCAUUUCCUUUUCACAAGGUUUCAAGGGGGGUAAAUCUUUAGCCCUCUGACAGCUGGUUACCUUACAUUUCCAGCAGCAUCUCUGUUCCCUCCUGAAAAGCACCAUGGUGGCUGAUGGCCCAGAUUGCAAUGGGGAGAAUGAUUUCUCAAAGCGUUUCUAUGCAGUCAUGUACACAAUCAUCUUGGUUCCUGGGCUGAUUGGGAACAUUUUAGCCCUCUGGGUAUUUUAUGGGUACAUGAAAGAAACAAAGCGGGCUGUGAUUUUUAUGAUCAACCUUGCAAUUGCAGACCUGGCACAAGUUUUGUCAUUGCCACUGAGGAUUUUUUACUACCUGUCAGAAAACUGGCACCUUGGGAAGGAGCUGUGCAUGUUUUGCUUCUACCUGAAAUAUGUCAACAUGUAUGCAAGCAUCUACUUCUUGGUUUGCAUCAGUGUGAGGCGGUUCUUAUUUCUCAUGUAUCCCUUUAGGUUCAGCGACUGCAAACGCAUCUACGAUGUGUACGUUUGCAUUGCUGGGUGGAUUCUAGUCUGUGUUGGCUGCUUGCCUUUCCCCCUUCUACGACUCACCUCUAAUGAGACGCACAUUAGUAAUAAAUGCUUUGUGGAUCUUCCAGUAAAGGCUGUUGAUGGUACCAUCUCUAUAGUAAUGAUGUCCUUUGGUGAGCUAGUUGGAUUUGUAACUCCUCUGCUGAUCAUCGUCUAUUGUUCAUGGAAGACCAUCUUAUCUCUAAAAGAAAAAAAUUCAAUUUCCCAAGACCUUGGAGAGAAACGGAAAGCUCUGAAGAUGAUCCUGACUUGUGCCGUUGUCUUUCUGAUUUGCUUUGCCCCUUACCACAUCAGCUUCCCCUUGGAUUACUUUGUGAAAGCCAACAAGAUAAAAGACUGCUAUGCCCGAAAAGUGAUUUUGAUAUUCCACACGGUGGCCUUGUGCCUUGCCAGCUUAAACUCUUGUGCAGACCCUGUCAUUUAUUAUUUUACCACAGAUGAGUUCCGAAGACGGCUUUCAAGGCAAGAUUUGCAGGACAGCAUUCAGCUCCAUAACACACGCUAUGAAAAUACAAAUGGCCCAGAGCAGCAGACCUCACUUGGGUGUGGGGCAGAAAAUCCAAGUCAUACUGUUUGAAGUGGGUUAACCUGACUGUAUGGGCUUAAAACUCUACUGGCAUGGCAAGGCAAUGCUCUGGUCUCCUUUGCAAUCUGUGGACUGGUUGGCUUUCAUGCUUUGACCAGUGGAACUUUUUGUGUUUUGCCUACAUUUCCACUGAUACUACUGAUUUUAAAUAAUAUUCAAAAUUAUACCACACUUGUAUUUAAUUGCAUACUGGAACAUUAGCAUUUGACUAAAUAGACAUUUUUGCUUAUCCAGAAGUGACGCAGCGCUGGUGCUUGGCGUCUUGCAAGGAUAUAUGGGAUUGUAUUCAACGUAGCGUUAAGCAGCUCGUUUCAUUGGCUCAAUGAUUUAUUCUUGUGCAAUGGAGC